AUGGUGUCGCAAACCGUCUUGCCGCAGCACCCUGGCCAGACUAAGCGGGGUUCAGAGAGCGAUAGCUCGCUGGACGAGAUCGCAGAGCAGAAACAGAAGCUGUUCAUCACUGCGCUCGGAAAGCAUGGAAAACAUAGCAAAGAUCUCGACGACUCUGCGUCGCCCAAGCGUUGGAAGAGCUUCUGGACUUCCUUCCGCUACCUCGCCAACCUAACGCCAAAGGAAGUAGAUGACUUCAUGGCAUCCUAUGUGAUUUACAACCUGGAUUGGGAGAACAAGCAGCAAAUGACCGAGGUCUUGGGCCCCAACUACCAAGAAAAGGUUGGCGAUUGCUUGAAGUCUUACUAUGGAGUUCUUAACCACCUUUGCGCGCUGGGUGACGUUGAGAAAAUGUAUAUCCCACCAUGGAUGAGCCGCAAGGCUUCCGUCUUGGAGAACCAGAUUCUCUAUGAGCGCUCAAUUGCGCACGACAUCGGCCUGACCGCCGGUGACAAGGUGUUGGAUCUUGGCUGUGGACGUGGCCGCGUCGCAGCUCACAUGGCGCAACAUUCUGGCGCGCAGGUCACCGGCCUGAACAUUGAUCCCAACCAAGUCGCCCAGGCCAAGAGCUUCAACGAGGAGCGUGGUCUACACAACAACUUCAUCCAGCAAGACUUCAACAGCCUCCCGCUUCCCUUCGCCGACGAGAGCUUCGACGCCUUCUACCAGAUCCAAGCCCUAAGUCUGUGUAAGGACUUGCCCGCACUCUUCCGUGAAAUCUUCCGCGUAGUCAAGCCGGGAUCUAAGAUCUCCCUGCUGGACUGGAUCAGUCUCCCCGCCUACGAGCCCACGAACCCCGAGCACGCCGAGCUUAUGCGUCGCGUCAAGCCUUUGAUCGGCGCCGUCGGCACCCCCACCCAAGAAAGUCUGGAGAUGGCACUGAAGGAGGCCGGCUUUGAGAUUGUCAAGUCUGAGAACGCUAGUAUCGACGGCCUGCAGGCUCCGCUGAUCGAUACCGUGGACCUGUACUUCCGUACCUUGCGCCAGGUUAUCCUCGGCCUGGUCAAGCUGCAUAUGCUGCCGCGCCACUUCAAGACUUUGAUCAACCGCCUGUGCCUUGAUGGUCAGGCCUUUGUCAAGAUGGACAACAUGCGCCUGGCUACCACGAGUUAUAGUAUCAUUGCGCAGAAGCCCAAGGCUUAG